CGUACACAUGUCACAGUUCAGAAACCCUUAACCGCAGCUGCUCGCACGCCGCCGUGUUGCUCCUUGCGCCAUAGUUACAGAAGCUUUGCACUGUGCUAAGCUGCUGCAAUGGUGUGGGGACAAUCCGCUACACGCGGCAUAGAGGAUUUGGUGCAGCGUGUCACCUCGAACGACCCAAAGCUGCAGUCGCUGACGAUCCUGCGCCAGCGGCGCUUUGGGCACGAGGAUGUGGCGGCUCUGGCGCAUGCUCUUAAGGACAACACUACGCUCACCGAGCUCUACGCCUCCUCGCACCCGCUCAGCCUAGCGUCUGUUCAGCUGCUGGCUGAAACACUGGGUAGUAACCGCUCUCUGCGAUCCCUGUGCGUGGGCGACUCCAGCCUGGGUGACAGCGGCGUUGAGGCACUGGCACGGGGUGUGGCAUCCAGCUCCAGCCUCACGAGGCUAGAUCUGACUGGCAAGGGACUGGGCCGCAGGGGUGCUGCAGCGCUGGCGUCCGCGCUGCACAGCUGCAGCUCCCUCAGCCACCUAGUGCUGAACAACAACCCGCAGCUGGGGGAUGAGGGCUUCGCCGCCCUUUUCACAACAGCACCAAGCGCCUCCGCUGUUGGGACUGCGUGUGAGAGUGCAGCCUCAGCAGCGCCGCCAGGCAGCGGUUGGGCAGGCAGCGAGAUUGUGUUGGAGGUGCAGGGGUGCAGUGUGGGCGCUGCCGGCCUGGCUGCAGCAGCCCAAGCAAGCAGCAACAGUGGCAGACUGCGGGAGCUGCACCUUCAGGGGAACUCCCUGGGCCUGACAGGUGCACGCGCACUGUGCCAACUGCUGCAGAGCACCCACCACCUGCAAACCCUGCACCUGCGCGGGACAGAGCUUGGUGAUGACGGUGGCGAGGUGCUGGCAUCAGGGCUAACAGCUGCUGCCAGUGCAGCCGGUGCUGGCAGCAGCAGCAGCGGCGGCAGCAGUGCGUUGAAGACCAUUGAUGCAGCUGACUGCGGCUUGGGCCCCAAGACCAUGGCUGCCCUCAGCAAGGCUUUCUCCGCUGGCCUGAGCCUCCAGGAGCUCGUGCUGGCUGGCAACCAGGCCAUAGCUGACGCCGAUGCGGCACACCUUGGCGCAGCCCUAGUGGCAGCAGCUGGUGCCAGUUCGGUUGGACACCUUGAUCUCUCUGGGACACAGGCGGGGCCGCUGGCAGUGGAGUCCUUGUCACGGGUGCCGGGCCUCAAGCACGUGAGCCUGGUGGGCUGCCCUCUGGCUGCAGCUGGUGGCGCAGCUCUUGCAGCGUCCCUUGCAUCCAGUGGAGGCAGCAGCAGCGGCUCCUGGCCUGCACUGGAGGAGCUGUGCAUAUCUGGAACCGGCCUCUCCAUCAGCGACACCUCAACCGUGUUUGCUGCACUGGCAGCUGGUGGUGCCCCCUGCCUGAAGAGCCUGGAGAUUGGUGCCAACCCAGCAGCACAAGAUGACGCCUUCCUCGCACAGCUAGAUGCCCUGCGCAGUGCGCGGCCUGGCAUAGCUGUAUUCUGGCGCAGUGGCGACGAUCCCGCUCCUGGGGCUCAGCAAUGAGCACUGUAGCAGUGCAGGCUGGUGCGUGUGAGAUUUUUGAAGGGGCAACAAGGUUGGUGGUUGGGGGAGUAGGGAGAGUGCCAUGAUGGCUGGGAUAGGCGGAGGGACCGAUGGGAAGGGUGAUGUAGUUUCCGAUCGUCCGGAAGCCUGUCUGGACGGACGGACCGCGGUCCGCGGUUGUGUUGUGUUGUGUGGUGCUGUGGAGGACGCCUGAAGGCACGCUGCCAUCGUAAUGGUCGGAAUUUGCGUAACAGGGUGCUCUUUGUGACUGUUGCACUUGCACCAAGUGGGCUGAUGGAGUUCAAUGUCCUUGCCACCAUGAGCCAUGGCACCAUGGUUAUGGUUCGGGUGGGUGCUGCUAGAGGGGCAGUCCCAAAUGGUCGUGGACAAAGCGUGGCCGAGGAGAGAUGCUGGAUGUGCAUAGCUAGCGAGCGGUGGGAAGCGCGUGGUUGAACGAGAGCAGAGUGGCGCUCAUGUAGCAUAGGGAACUGUCGCAUACCAUGUGGAUAAAGUGAAUUGUGUGCAUGAAGGACGGGUACUGAGCUGCAAAUGGGUCUGUCAACGGCAGCCCUGAAUGCCUAGCAAUUCUUGGACUUCGUUGUGAAGGCUGGGGCCCGAGCCCGCAGUGCAUGGCCUUGCCGAAUGAUGCUGCAUGUGCACAAGGGGCGUGGAGCUGUCUCCGUGUUGACUGAGGAUUCCCUGUCUAUAAUUCAAGUGUGCUGCUUUGUGCCUGGGUGCCCGCCUGUUGGGGUGUCACCAUCAUUUAGGGAUGUGGUGUGCCUGGUGGCUCAGCAGCGAUAGCGUACAGUAUUCCUCAACUCUGAGCAACACUGCAAGCGGGCAAACGCGCAGCUGUGGGCGCUGGAGCCUGUGCACAAUGCGCCGUGCCUGGUCCCUUCCGUGACCUGAGGCGCUUUGCCACAUCCAUGUCUC